AUGAACGAGCUUGGGAGAUUGAUGUUUGGAGGCUCGUCACGAUCUUUUACUCUUGAUGAGAUUGUCGGGAUCAAAAAGAAGCUUGAUGGUUGGAAAGACAGCCUACCGGAGUGUCUUCGGCCAAAGAACCUUGUCUUUCCACUUCAUUUAUCAUUGCAUGUUCAACAACCACUCAUGGGAUUCAUGCAGAUCGUCUUGAAGUCCGAGUAUAAGGACAGUUCUCAAAUCCUGGCGGCAUGUUCAGGGAAAGCACCUGAAACAGUCUUGAAUGAAGCCAAGAAAAUGCUUGAGACGAUCAUGAGAUUGUACUACACACGACGCAAUUUUGAGUUCUACGAUCCGUGGAUUGCUUUUGCUCUAACAGCCAUCGGUAAUGCGGUCGUAGCAGACUUAGCAGAAGGAAGCGACGACGAUCCACAAAUCUCAGCUGGCUACUGGUCUACCCUUUUCUUCGCAGCGCAGGGCUUGAACAAACAGUCCCGUAAUUAUCAUGUCAGUAGACUUUUGGCUAUUCAGCUUCAGAAAGCCAUGAAACCGGAGGAUCUGCAGUUGGUGCAAACUCAUGCCAUGGCUGCUCGUAUGGAGGAUGAUGAGCCGGUUCUUAUCGCAGAACAUUCGGAUAGUUUAUGGUCAAUUCCGGGACUAGCGAUAAUGAAUAUAGACCCAGAUAGGACUAGGCUGAAGAACGUGAUUGCCGGUGUUCAAGACCCUGAUAUGCAAUCUGUGUAG